AUGACACCAACAAAAAUUAGUAUAGACGAAAAAAAUGAAAUUAUACGCAUAAAUUUUUACUUCUUUCUUUCUUUCUUUUUUUCUUUCUUUUUUACUUUCUUUCUUUUAUACGCCUUUCUUUCUUUUUUCUUCUUUCUUCUAUUUUUUACUUCCUACUUUCUUUUUACUUUUUACUUUUUUUACAUUUUUUCUUUCUUUCUUUCUCUUUUACUUCUUUCUUUCUUCUUUCUUUCUUUUUUACUUAUUUCUUUCUUCUUUCUUUCAUUUUUACUUUCUUCUUUCUUUCUUUUUAAUUUUUUCUUUCUUUCUUUUUUACUUCUUUCUUUCAUUAAGUCUUUCUUUCAUUAUGUACUUUCUUUUUUACUUUCUUUUUUUCUUUCUUUUUUUAUUUUUUCUUUCUUUUUCUUUUUACUUCUUUCUUUUUUUCUUUCUUUUUUAUUUUUUCUUUCUUUUUCUUUUUACUUCUUUCUUUCUUUUUUUUACUUUCUUUUUUUUUCUUUUUUAUACACAAGAACACAUAUCCGUAAAAAAGACAAUAAAUAUUACCUCUCUAAUACAUGUUUCAUUAAAGAUUUUGUUUUUUUAUUGUAUUUCUUGUUAACGAACGGGCUAUUUCAUAAUUGGAAUUAG